CCGUCGCGUCGUCUUGUAGCAUUACGAAACUCUGACAUGUCAUUUGAGGUUCCAGGACAGCGUGGUAGAAGAGAUGUCCCUGCUGACUGAUCUUCCUGCCGAGCUCUGCUUGCGUAUUUUAUCAUACUUGAGACAUGAUGAGCUUACCCAGCUCAUCCGAAUUAACAAGCCUUUCCAUCGCCUUGUCGAGCCCCUGUUAUGGACACACAUAGAGCUGCAUCCUCCUCGCUGGCAUCAAUUAUAUGACAUCAAACAACCUGCGCCGGACAUAGCGCCCGAGGAAAGACCUUACCAUCAUUGUCUGCCCGAGGAUGAGAAGGACCAUCUCUUUCGGCUCAAUAAUCGCUACGCGACGAAAUCAUUUGUGUUUUUCUUGCUAUUGGGUCGAUUAUUCAGAACGGAUAGGAAUCGCUUAAAUGAGUUGUGUUGUCAAGUACGAAGCCUUUGUUCUCCUAUUGAUCCCAUUGAGUGGCGAGACAGCUACAUUUCGGAUACAUCAUCACAGGCGGAUCUUGAAGACGCAAACCAGGUGGCUUCUUUAAAAGAUCUUCCUGACUUGUGGAAUUUUUUUCCGUAUUUCACGCGUCUGGAUAGACUAGAAUUGGCAACUUAUGGCCGCGAGCCGAGAUCCUUCCAUGCCUUCAACGACAUGCCACCACUGGCGGGACUACGGAACGUUACGCUCAUUGGGUAUGUUCCAGCGUACUUUGCGCAAUAUAUUCUCCGCAGCGGCACUUCUAUUGAACGGCUCACCCUGGGCUUGCUCGAUACUCCAAUUGGCAGUACGCUGUAUACACCAAUCAAGAACCCCGCAUCUGGAUGGAAGAAGAGAAAUGAGCCUUCCGAAGAGGAGGAAAGUGACAAAGAAAUACGAUGGUACACUGAAGACGACGACAGCGACUCGGAUGAGGACCUAGAUGGCGAAGCGGUCGCUCCUCGUCCAUUACUCUGGAUUCCUAAAGCAAUACCGCCACUUGAAAAUCUCAGCUAUCUACAUCUGCUGGCACCAUCUGAGUCAGUUUCUCCUGAUCAAUGGAGAGAUAUUGUAUGGUCCAAGGCCAGGGAAACCGCCUGUUUUGACGAGUGGGUGCGUCUUCUUCUUGCCGCUCACCAGAGCAUAAAGAAUCUUGUUAUCGAACAACGACCUGCUGAAUACGACAGGGAUGAUACCUUGGCGAGUAGCUCUGAGUACAUGAAAAACAAAGACGUACAAAGCGAGAUCAGACUAAUAACAGCCCUACGAAAUUUAGAAGGAGUGACAUUCCCAACACUGAAGACAGUCGACUUCUAUGGCUUUAAGGCAUAUGAAAAUUUGGCUGUUAGGGAGCCCGCUCUUAAUUUACGUAUCAAUGGCCUUCAAGCCAAUUACCACUUGGGGACGAUUUGUAAGUUUAAUAUUGAAUACGGAGAGACUGACGAGGAUGGCGACGGUAUGGGAGCAGAUUACUACGAAGAUGACCAGUAUGAUUCAUGGUAAUGGACCACAGCACGACACUAUGAAACAGUCCUAGGUAAUCUAUUACUAGGUGUAAGGAGCACAAUAUGAAAUUUAAGCACUUGUACAAUUGUAUCUUGUGGUAUAAUGACAGCCUAGAGGCACGUGUCCCAUAUGUACGUACAUAGGAAUUUAAGGGGACGGGAAGGAUGCCAGGCAAUGAAAAGUAUGGAAAUACUUUACAAGCUGGGUCGAAAGUUCACGCGGAUUUAAACAGUACGCGGUAAGUGACACAGGUGUA